GGCCAUGACGUCGCUGAUCAUCGUCGAUUCCUUGCUCGCUCUAUCCUAUCAUGGUUUAACGCAUCCUCCAUCUUGCCUGCCCGUGGAAGGAUUUUAAGACGGCGCUGGAUGAAGUGCUAGAGUGAAUCUUAGGGUCGCCCUAAGAAGUGUGAGAAGUGUCCAAUCUGCAAACACUUCUUCUUUGCAUUAUCGAUAAUAGAUACUUCUCAUACCCAUUCUCAUUCUGUAUCACAUUCGCAGCAUUCUAUCCUACCAGCCCGUGUACGAGUGUUGUUUCCUCGGCACGCGCUCUUUUUCUCCCAUAUCUACGGCCACAACGAGUGGUUAAUGCAGCCCAUCGAUCCUCUCAGCUCUCACUCAAUUCAUUACACCCCAAUCGUCCAUUUUCCCUCGCGAAAAUGGCGUUAGAAAAGGAUGUCAGUCCGGACUUUACCGACAAGAAGAACGAGGAUGGUGCUGGCCCGAUGAACUAUGGCAACAACAAUGUUGACCUCGAAGGUGACCACACCAAGACCAGAUUUGGCAGUAGCAACAAGAGCGUUGGCCCAAGAAUUGCUCCCGUGCUGCCUCAUUUGCAGGCUUACGACUUUGGUAGUGAUGACUCGGGUUCUGACGUCCUGGGAAAGCAAAUCGAGUUGGAGGCCGACAAUGCCAUAAAGUACAGGACUUGCAGUUGGCAGAAGACUGCCGCAUUGCUCUUCUCAGAGUAUAUCUGCUUGGCAAUCAUGUCAUUCCCAUACUCGUACUCGGUCCUUGGUCUGGUUCCAGGUCUUAUUUUGACGGUUGUCGUCGCUGCGUUGGUGUUGUACACAUCAUUGGUAGUCUGGGAGUUCUGCUUGAGGCACCCAGAAGUGAGAGAUGUGUGUGACAUUGGACAAAUGCUAUUCUGGGGCAAGCAAUGGGCGUGGUACGUCACUGCUGUCAUGUUCAUUUUGAACAAUACUUUCAUCCAGGGUCUACACGUUCUUGUGAGCGCUAAAUACCUCAAUACAAUCACCAACCACAGUCAAUGUACCGUGGUUUUCGCGGUGAUUGCGGCUAUCAUAUGCUGGUUUGCAUCACUUCCUCGGACUUUCAGUGCCUUAGCUAGGCUUGCAACGGUAUCGGCAAUCUUCACCUUCAUAUCAGUCCUUUUGGCCGCCAUCUUUGCUGGGAUCGAAGAUCACCCUACAGACUACAAUGCUGAUCCAAAUUCGAUCAUCGCGCUGACCGGGUUGCACGGUGGGGAGCCAACAGUGACCGCUACCCCCGUCAAAGGUACGACAUUCGUCGCUGGUAUGAGUGCCUUUUUAAACAUCAGCUAUACCUUCAUCGGACAAAUCACCAUUCCCAGUUUCAUCGCUGAAAUGAAGAAUCCUAGAGACUUCCCAAAAGCACUUUGGGCUGUCACCAUCGCCGAGGUGCUUGUGUUUGGUUGUGUUGGAGCCGUGGUUUAUGCCUACACGGGCAAUCAGUAUAAUACUUCUCCUGCUUUCGGCUCUUUGGGUAAUGAGGUAUACAAGAAAGUGUCUUUCUCCUUCAUGAUCCCGACUUUGAUCUUCCUGGGUGUUUUGUACGCAUCGGUCUCAGCACGAUUCAUCUUCUUCCGCAUCUUCGAGGGAACAAGACACAAGACCAGCAAUACUGUUGUCGGUUGGGCGGCAUGGGCAGGUAUCCUCGCAGCUACAUGGGUUGGUGCAUUCAUAAUCGCUGAGGUCAUCCCUUUCUUCUCCGACCUAUUGUCACUCAUGUCGUCGCUUUUUGACUCCUUUUUUGGGUUCAUCUUUUGGGGCGUCGCUUACAUUCGAAUGAGGAGAGUGGACGGAGGUGUCAAUUGGAUACACGAGCAAAGCCUUUAUGGGUACAUGAUGCUGGCUUUAAACAUCUGCAUCAUAUUCAUUGGGGCCUAUUUCUUAGGAGUCGGCACUUACACAAGCGUGCAGAGUAUCAUCAAUAGUUACGCUGCGGGUACCGUUUCUGGAGUAUUUACAUGUGCUACCAAUGGGCUAUAGGCCCUCAAUGUCAGGGCAGGUGGUUUAACGUGGUUCGGGUACGAGUGAACUAUGGGCUCAUCGUCUAAGAGCUCUCCUUCUUUGGCUAAGUACAUAAUUUGUUGAAAACAAUUGGAUACACACUCCUCUUCACAUGUGUGUCACAUGGUGCGGAAAAAAGUCUAUGGGAUUCAAUUAUUUGCCUAGUAAAUAAGUAGCGUACCGCGAG